CCGCCUCCCUCUCCGCCCCUUUCUUCCCUUCCUCCCUUCCCGGGCGGAGGCGGCCAUGGGCUCCCGAGCCAAGCACCAAGAGCCGGAGCCUCCGGUCGACCUCUACCGCGACACGUGGGUGCGCUACCUGGGCUAUGCUAACGAAGUCGGGGAGUCCUUCAGGGCGAUUGUGCCCGUCUCUUUGGUCUGGGCCAGCUAUGGCAUGGCAACGGUGUACGUGACCGCCGAUGCUGUGGACAAAGGGAAGAAAGCAGCCACGGCCACGCCAAAGGAAGACGGACGGACCACGCGUGCAGCAGUGGCUGUCGUGGACACGUUUGUCUGGCAGGCCCUGGCGUCCGUCAUCAUUCCGGGGUUCACCAUCAACCGCAUCUGUGCAGCCUCCCUCUACCUCAUGGGCCGCAUAACCCGCUGGCCCCUGUCGGUCAGGAAGUGGACGACCACGGCCGUCGGCCUCUCGGCGAUCCCUUUCAUCAUCAAACCCAUCGACAGGUCUGUGGAUUUCUUGAUGGACUCCAGCCUUCGCAAGCUCUACAAGACAGCGGAGAGCCCCCCGACGUCCUUCUGAGGGGGCUGCCCCAAACUCCAUCAUCUUGGGGUCCAACUGGGUGUUGCUUGCAGUUUAGAUCGGUCGGCGUUGAAAUAAUGGAAGGUGAGGCCAGAGAAGGCCCCGCCUUGCGCGUCUGGCUGACCGCUGGGGAGGUGGGAGAAAUCGGACGGGGAUGGUAUUCUGAGCGACUCAGGACUUGAACUAAGGAUGAGGUCCAUUUCAUAUCCUGCAAGAGCUGUUCCUUAUUCUGCACUGUGAUUCCCUCUCCCGUUGGGAUACUUGCACUAACUAUCGUAACUUAAGCGGAAUGAGUUUUGAUCCGUUCUUGUUCUUUGUUGAACCAUCUUUUCCACCCGGCACUUCCGUAUCAUUACUUCUCUUCCAGCUGGCUUAAUUAAAAAUGACAGCAAUAAUGGCCCAAAUCCAAAACUGUCGUGGAAACAACAUGGACUUGAAAGCAGUCGCAUAAGCCAUUUUUGCUCCUCCGGGGCGCUCUGUUGUGUGCCCGAUCCAUCCAGGGAAGGAUAUAUAUAUAUAUUAUAGUAAACAACUGUAAAAAUGUGGGGACCCACAGGAAAUGGGAACAUUUUCAUCCACCCACCCCCCAAAAGGUGCAAGGGGAACUUCGUGAGCCAGCAGAGGAAAAUGGAUCCAAUUUGGGAGUGCUAGGAUCUGUUCAGAAACGGAGAAGCUAUUUAAACCUGGCAUUUGCGAUUUUCUCUUAACAUUUUAUGCACAGUAGCUGUCUGUUUUUAAUAUAUUCUUACUGUUUAGGAAUUCUGUUGUAUUUUCUGAUUUUCACUACAGUCAACAACCCUAAGCCUCUGACGAAUCGUAUGCAGUUUUUUCAUGUCAAUAAAUUAAGCCAGUACCCUUUUCGAUGACCAUAGAAGCAUUUUCCUUAAUUAUUCAAUUUUAAAAAAUAAUUGUAUAUGCCUU